AUGCCAAGAUCUUUUCGCACAGGUACACCUUUACCAGUUGAUUUGGAGAUAGAAAAAUCUGCUAAACAGAGAAGGAAGCAAGCCAGACUUUUAAAGAAACAACAACAAUCCGGAGCUUCUUCAUCAAAUCUAUCAACUACAUCCUCUCCAACAUCCAAAAGUAUCACCCCACCAUCUUCACCUACUCCUACCAUGGCAGACAACCAUGGAGGAAAUCAAAAUCCUCCACAUCCACCACCUGAACAAACCUUUAGACAAUGGGCCACUCAAGAUGUCACCCAACAACCUUUGUGCAUAAAUUACCCUGCAACAAUCAACUUUGAACUCAAGUCUGGACUCAUCCAUUUGUUACCCUCAUUCAGUGGUCUUGAGAAUGAAGACCCACAUAAAUUCCUUAAGGAAUUUCAUGUUGUUUGUGUGGGUAUGAAGCCACAUGAAGUCACAGAAGAUCAAAUCAAGUUAAGGGCAUUUCCCUUUGCUUUACAAGAUUCAACCAAGGAGUGGUUGUAUGACUUACCACCGGGGUCAGUCACAACAUGGAAUGAACUUGCAAGGAUGUUUCUGGAUAAAUAUUUUCCCGAAAUGAGAGCUUCAACUUUACGUAUAGAGAUAAUUGGCAUCAAGCAACAAAAGAGAGAAGCCUUGCAUACUUAUUGGGAACGGUUCAAGAAAUUGUGCUCAAGAUGUCCACAACAUGGGAUUACAGAAUAUCAGUUGCUGCAGUAUUUCUGUGAAGGAAUGUCAUCUUGGGAUAGGAGAUUACUCAAUGCAUCAAGUGGUGGAUCUAUAGCUGAUAAGACUCCAACAGAAAUCAGAGUUCUUAUAAAAAACAUGGCAGAAGAGUCCAAGCAUACAGUCCAAGAAGAAGAGUGGUACAAUGAUGCACCAAGGGGGGUGAAAGAAAUUUCUACUCCAAAAAUUGAAAGUCAACUUUCUGAGUUGACUAAGGUAGUAAUGAUGCUUGCAAAAGACAAGGGCGUGCAACCACCAAUAGUUAGACCUUGUGGCAUUUGUACACAAGUUGGACAUCCCACUGACAUGUGCCCCAUGUUACAAGAAGAUGUAGAGCCAAUUCAAGCUAUGGGAUUUUCAAGUCAACAACAAGGAAACUUCCAGCCAAGAAGCAAUCCAAAUUGGCAUCAACCUAAUACCAAUUUUCAUCCUAGACCACCACCUUAUCAACCAAGACCCCCAUUUCAAAAUCAAAUGCAUCACCAACAAAAUUAUCAACCACAUUUCCAGCCAACUCAACCUCCUCGUCAAUCUCAAUAUCAACCUCAAAACAUGCAUCAAGGAAGUAGUUCAAGCGGAUCGGGAAUGUCUUUGGAAGACAUUGUUAAGAGUUUAGCCACAAGUACUCAAACCUUUCAAAAUGAGACCAAAGCGAGCAUCAAGACUUUGGAGCAACAAAUGACUCAACUCGCCACUUCUGUGAGUAAACUGGAGUCACAAGGCAGACUACCCGCGCAAACCGAGAAGAAUCCAAAACAUAGUGCAUGUGUCAUCACUUUGAGGAAUGGCAAAGAAUAUGAAGGUCCAAAGAUGGUUGAAGAAGAAGAAAAGAUGGAGCUAGAGAAAGAAGAAGAGAAGUCAAAAACACCUUCCAAGCAAGUUCCUAUUGAAGCAAAAGUCACUCCUCCUCCAUUUCCUUCAAGAUUAAACAAGUCAAAGCGUGAAAGUGAAGACAAUGAAAUCAUGGAGAUGUUCAGGAAGGUAGAGGUAAAUAUUCCUCUUAUUGAUGCCAUCAAACAAGUCCCUAGGUAUGCAAAAUUCCUUAAGGAAUUAUGUACAUCUAAGAAAAAACUGAAAGAGAAUGAAACUGUCAAAGUAGGAGAAAAUGUGUCUGCAGUGUUACAAAAACGAUUACCUCAAAAAUGUAAGGAUCCGGGUGUUUUCACGGUUCCUUGCAAAUUAGGUAAUCUUCAUGUUCCACGAGCUAUGCUAGACCUUGGAGCUUCUAUCAAUGUUUUUCCAUUUUCCAUCUUUAAAACUUUAAAUAUUGGCACAUUGAAGAAGACCGGGGUAAUCAUUCAAUUGGCUAAUAAAUCUUUAGUACAUCCAAAAGGUGUGCUAGAAGAUGUGUUAGUCCAAGUGAAUGAACUAGUGUUUCCAGCAGAUUUUUAUGUCCUUGAUAUGGAUGAUGAUGACUCACCAAAUUUGAGUUCAAUUCUUCUAGGAAGACCCUUUUUGAAAACAGCUAGGACGAAAAUUGAUGUUUAUGAUGGUACAUUGUCCAUGGAAUUUGAUGGGGAGGUGAUAAAUUUCAAUAUUUAUGAUGCUAUGAGAUAUCCAAGUGAUAUUUCAUCUUUGAAUUUUGUGGAUGUCAUUGAACCAUUGACAGAGGGGUGUUUUGAUCUGUCUAAUCUUGAUGUGUUAGCUCUCAUUUUAGACGAAUCUUCAAAAGGAAAGAGUGGAAAAACUUGCCAAUCAAUUUACAAUUGA